UUCCUCUUUCUCAACCUUCUUCCUCUGUGAACCCAGUAAGGGGGUUCCAUGAGGAACCCAAGACUUGGGUUCAUGAAACCCAAAUCUGGGUUCCUCGCAAAACCCAAAUCUGGGUUCCUCGCGGAACCCAGUAGCGAGUUUCGCGAACCCAGCUAUUGGGUUUCGCGAACCCAGUCCCAAAUCUGGGUUCCUCGUGAAACCCAGAGGAACCUAGUAGUGGGUUUCACGAACCCAGUUACUGGGUUUCGCGAACCCAGCUCGCGAAACCCGCAAGGAGCCUUGGAUUCUUCUUCUUCUUCUUGAUCGAACUUUGGGAUCUUCGUUCGAUUUCUGUUUGUUUUCCUUUAGUUCUUUACCUUCGUUCUUUUGAUUGAAACGCAUUAUGUAGUUUAGAUCGUGUUUUCUUUGAAUGUGUUACGAAAUCGUGCUCGGUUUUGGUUGAUUUGCUGUAGAAUAGCUGGAAGUAUAUGGAGAUGGAAUUUGGAGAGAAAAGGUGCUUUGUUGAGCAUAGGCUGUGAUGAGCAGGAUCCCAGGUGCCUAUAUUGGUCCCAUUCUGAUCACAGAUUUCAGUUCUUCCACUCGAUGAACAGUGUUUAAUCUCCAUAGAUUGGGAGAUUUUGUGUUGUCUUCUUCUGUCACGAUGGCUGCCUUAUCUAGAAAUCUACAAUUCAAGCAUGUAUGACAUUAAAAUUAUUUUGUCCAUUUCCCUCUCAAUCAUGUACCUAAGUCCAUUAUUGCAUUUGUC